AUGGAGAAUCUUGGCCUUGUCUCGUCGCAUAGAGUUGUACUCGGGGUCUACCCUAAUCCCAGGAGCUCGAUAAUUCCUGGCAAACCAUUUGUGGGUCUUCCGAGAUUGAUCAGGAAAAGCGGCAACAAUGGCGGGCCGAAAAGACCCGGUUCUUCAUUUGUGGUUCUUUCGCUGUUUGGAGGGUCUAAACCCACCAAAACUAUUGCAUCUGAUGAUCCCAUCAAAUUUUCAUUAAUGCAGAAAUAUGCAAUGGAACAAGCUUUUAAGACCAUGUCACAACAGAUGAAUACUCAGAACAACCCGUUUGGCAAUGCUGCCUUUUCACCCGGCUCAACCCUAUUUCCAUUUCCACCUCCAGCUACUAACCCACCAUCAUCAGACGCAUUUAAAACGUCAACUCCCAUGACAUCUCAAGCUGUAACUGUUGAUGUACCUGCAACAAAAGUUGAAGACCCUCCAUCGAUACCCGCUAAAGAAAAAGUAGUAGAACCAGAGGGACCAAAGAAAUCUGCUUUUGUAGAUAUUUCUCCAGACGAAACACUACAGAAGAAUGAUUUUGAGAACUUCAAAGAAUCAGUUCAGAAGACUUCUCAAAAUGGCACGACUUCAAACCAACGAACACCUGCUUCAAAAGGUCCUUCCACAAGUGAAAAAGCUCCUCUUUUAUCGGUAGAAGCUUUGGAGAAAAUGAUGGAAGAUCCAACAGUACAGCAAAUGGUUUAUCCUUACUUGCCAGAGGAAAUGAGGAAUCCCACAACCUUUAAGUGGAUGCUACAAAAUCCUCAAUACCGUCAACAACUUCAGGACAUGCUAAAUAACAUGGGGGGAAGUCCUGAAUGGGACAAUCGCAUGAUGGAUUCUUUGAAGAAUUUCGACCUUAGCAGCCCUGAGAUCAAACAACAGUUUGACCAGAUAGGCCUUACUCCAGAGGAAGUCAUUUCUAAAAUAAUGGCCAAUCCUGAUGUGGCCAUGGCAUUUCAGAAUCCAAGAGUUCAAGCGGCCAUCAUGGAUUGUUCGCAGAACCCUUUGAGUAUUGCCAAGUAUCAAAACGAUAAAGAGGUGAGGGUGCACCAAUCCUUCUCCUGCGCCCUCAUGCACCGUGCGGCACCAUUGUUUAAGCUCCUCAAACAUGGGUUAGAUAGGGGUGGGCACGGAGGUGUCACAUUCACAGCAAGACGAACUUCAAUUCACGAGAUUCUUUUUCAAUCUGCUCGAAGUCAAAGCUACUGUUCAUCAGUUUCGAUGAGAAAAUUUCAAGAUAUGACUGGUGACAGUGGUGAGUCCAUCACUCGUGUUCUUUUCUGUGGGCCUUAUUUCCCGGGAUCGCAUAAUUUUACUCGAGAGUAUUUGCAAAGCUAUCCAUUUAUACAGGUAGAUGUGGUCCCCUUUGAUGAUGUCCCUGAUGUCAUUGGAAAGUAUGAUAUUUGCAUCGUGAAAAAUAUGAAGCUAACUUCGGAUAUCAUUGCUAGAGCAAGCAAAAUGAAGCUUAUUAUGCAAUUCGGAGUGGGGAUAGAAGGUGUUGACCUAAGUGCUGCAUCAAGUCAUGAAAUUAAGGUUGGCAGAAUCCCGAGCCAUGACACUGGAAAUGCACAUUCUUGUGCUGAAAUGUCCGUUUAUCUGAUGUUGGGCCUUCUUCGUAAGCAAAAUGAAAUUCAGGUUGCUGUGAAGGAGAAAAACCUUGGAAGUCCAAUGGGUGACACACUGCUUGGGAAAACGAUUUUCAUUUUGGGAUUUGGAAAUAUCGGGAUCCACUUAGCAAAGCUAUUGCGGCCCUUUGGUGUGAAAAUUAUCGCUACUAAAAGGAGUUGGCCUUCAUCUUCUCCUUGCUCAGGCCAGCCUAACUCAUAUAUUGGAAACGGUACCUAUGAUGAUCUUGUAGAUGAGAAGGGCACACAUGAAGAUAUUCUAAAGUUUGCAAGCCGUGCUGACAUAGUCGUAUGUUGUCUGACAAUGAACAGUGAAACGGUUGGUAUCGUGAACAAGACUUUCAUAUCUUCCAUGAAAAAGGGGGCUUUACUCAUAAACAUAGCACGAGGUGGACUUCUGGAUUAUGAAGCCGUGUUGAACAAUCUGAAAUCGGGCCACUUAGGAGGCUUAGGCACUGAUGUUGCGUGGAUCGAACCUUUUGAUCCAAACGACCCAAUUUUAAAGCUCCCUAACGUUAUAUACACGAAUCACAUUGCUGGAGUUACUAAAUGGGCCUAUAAUGUCAUGGCUAAGGUUGUUGGGGAUGUUGCACUUCAGCUCCAUGCAGGGACGCCUGUGAAGGCCCUAACAGGAAUCGAAAUUGUCAAUUGAUAACCUGCGAGAGAUUCAGGAAUAGAUUUGUGCAGUUCUCAUGAUGUCUAAGGAGAGAUUGUGAGAGCACCAUUGAUGUUUAUUCGAGCAGUGCGCGAACUUUUACUGCAAAACCUCUGUGAUUUGUUCGUCUGCGUUAUUUUUUUUCUCCCGUCUGAAUUCGAAACAAUGAAAGUUUGACUUACUUGGAAGAAUUUUUUUAAAUAAUAUUCAAUUAUUAUUCUAUAUUUAUGUAUAAAAAUUACUUACGUUCAC